AUGUCCGAUAACUACUGUGAUGACAAUGAUAGUUUAAAUUUAACUGUAAAAGAACGUAUUGAAAAAUUAACCAAAGAACAUAAUUUUACAGUUAAUGAAACAUCUUUGAAGUUUCAACGACUUGUAUCUAUUUUUGAAAACGAAGAAUCGGAAACAAAAUUUAAAUCUCUGUCCAAGAGACGGUUGAUGACAACGACCACGGCAGCGGCAGAGGUGACGAGAAAAGCCGAGCGAGCUGACGGAGUGGACGAAGCGGAAGAUGCGGAUGAAGCGGAAGUGUCAUCGACGGACGGUUUGGAACGGUCGGACCACGGGCCGGCCCAAGGAGUUGCCGUCCCAAGUGGCCGGACUUCCUCGACUAGUGCAGCGUACACGUCCACCGUGUCCGUUACGAACCACGGCGGCGGUUGGAUAGGACAUCCGGAGCGGAACCUGUUGUUUGUCAUUCACCCGUGGUGCAUGUUACACAAGUCAGGCGUGGACAGGCAGUCGGAAUUUCCGCCACCUGGAUUUCUGGAACGCCUCAAAGCCAAGCUGAUGGCCCUGCACCGCCAGUCGAACGAGGAGCAGCGGCACAGCCCGUCCACGGCCACGGUGGUCAGGCGGCGCCGACACACCCACCAGAGGAUCAAGUGUUGGUUCCAGUACACGGCGACCGCGCUGGGCGGCGGUGGGUCGACCGCCAUGACGACUGUCCACGCCGCUUAUCCGCGAAACGAACCGGCGUCGGUGGUCGAUUUCCUUUCCGUCUGGCAGCGUUGCGCCAAUAGCGUCGCAGCCGCUUGCAGGGCGGCUGACCGCGACUGA